UGGACCAUUGAAGCAAUCGCAUGAACAAUUCACAUUCACAUCUCUGCUUUUCAAACUAAACGCCAAAACCCUAACGCGGUGUGUGGCUCACAAUCCCCCUCUCACUCGCCAAUUUCCUCACCCACAUUUUACAUCCAACCAUCAAACGGAGAAGCAGAGGGGCAAGGAGUUGGAAUUGUACCAGAGAAAGAAGAGGAAGAAGCUGUUUCCAUGGCGUCCACUUCCAUUUCUGCAACUGGAUUGUCCUGUUCUUCUUCUUUUCCUGGAGGAUGGGGUUUUUCCGUGGCCGGAGAGGACUACGCGCUGCUGCUGGCGGUGAAGCCGGCUGCAGUGCAAGUGAGCAUGGGGAAGGCGGUGAGGUUCCGGCCGAUGAUGAAGAACGUCAAUGAGGGUAAAGGGGUUUUUGCGCCAUUGGUUGUAGUUACUCGGAAUCUCAUCGGCAAGAAGCGCUUCAAUCAGCUUAGAGGCAAAGCAAUUGCCUUGCAUUCUCAGGUAAUCACAGAGUUUUGCAAGUCAAUUGGAGCAGAUGGAAAGCAAAGACAAGGAUUAAUCAGGCUAGCAAAGAAGAAUGGAGAAAGACUUGGAUUCCUUGCCUGAGAGAUAUCAUCUCUGCUCUUCUCCUUCUUCUUCUUCUUCUUCUUCUUCGUAUGCUCUCCUGCUUUCCAUUUGCUUCAGUUCAUCAGCUGUAAUGUUACUUUCUUAAAACUCACUCUUUAGACACAGGCAGUGCUUCAUUCUUCUGUAAUUCUGGCAAAGCAGUAAAAAGAACAAAUCAAAAUAUUCAACC